CAUUCUUAGAUGUCAAUACUCAAAAGCAAGAGUGGGAGAGACAUAGGAAUAUGGCAACCCAAUUGAACCAUUUGUUCAGAACUUCCAUUCUGAAACACAAGACACAACUAGAGGCCCCUUUUCCCACAACCACAAGAACCACAAGAUUUCAAGUCAUCAAUGCAACAUCCUCUACUAGAAGCAGUGCCAGACAGCUCAUAGAGUCUGGGACUGUGAGGACUAUAUGGCCAAAAGAUGCUUCCACAGCCAUGAACUCAGAAGGGUUCAUUCUCCUUGAUGUUAGGCCAACAUGGGAGAGAGAGAAGGCACGUGUGGUGGGGUCUUUGCACGUGCCAAUCUUUGUGGAAGACAUUGAUAAUAGUCCUAUAACUCUGCUUAAAAAGUGGGUGCAUUUUGGUUACAUUGGCUUGUGGACUGGCCAAUACCUCACUAAUGUUAACUCUGAGUUCCUUAGUCAAGUGGAAAAUGCCAUUCCUAGUAAGGACACCAAGCUUCUUGUGGCAUGUGGAGAAGGAUUGAGGUCAAUGACAGCAGCUUCAAAGCUGUAUAAUGGAGGUUACAGAAAUCUGGGAUGGUUAGGUGGAGGCUUUAAUCGUUCAAAGGACAAUGACUUCCCAGCAGUAGAAGGAAAAGAGAAGUUGCAGUAUGCUACAGUUGGGGGAGUAUCUUACUAUUUCCUUCAGUUGCUUAUACUUCUACAGGUUGUGGGUAAAGAAUAGAUUAUUGGCACAUAUUCUGAUAAGGUAUUAAUGUUCAUUGCUAUGCAUAGGGGAGUUUUAUUAAGCCAUGUUCACCUUUUGUUCUCAUUCAUGAGCAACUCUUGAACUUGUAAGCCUCUGUGGCCUUGUUUCAAUUACAUUUGCUAUUAUUCAAUUAUCAAUGUGAGGUCUUGUGUUUAAGUACUAUAUUUUCAUUGG